UCGAUGUUAUAAAAAAUGCGAGAGGCAGCGGGCGGCGGCGUACUCCUAGCCUGCGCGCUCCUCCUGGCCCUGCUGGUCAGGCGCAUCGCCUGCGAGCACAACGACACGCAGCUCCAACUACAGGAUGAAUUAUUCACGUACAACUCCAAGGAUUCGCUUUCAAAUUUUACGGAAUUCACGAGAAACUAUGGAUACUACACCGAAGAACAUGUAGUGAUCACCAAGGAUGGCUACAUAUUGUUCUUGUUUCGUAUACCUAAAGGCAAAAACUGUAAUGGAUCAGUGAAGGAACCGCCCAUUUUGCUGAUGCACGGCUUACUGAUGAGCGCCGAUUCCUGGCUGGAUGCCGGGCCAUCGUCGGGCCUGGCGUUCCUUCUGGCCGACGCUUGCUACGACACGUGGGUUGGCAACAUGCGUGGGAAUUACUACGGAAGGCGACAUGUCAACCUCGAUCCAGACACUGAUUCUGAAUUCUGGGACUUUAACACCGAGGAGAUGGGUGUCUACGAUCUCCCGGCGACUAUCGACUACGUAUUAGAGCACACAGACUCCAACGAUAUUAUGUAUGUAGGCUUUUCACAAGGUUGUCGAAUACUGUUUACAAUGGCCUCGGAGACGUCAGGGUACGUGGAGAAAAUAAGAAUUGCUAUAAAUGUGGCGCCGGCGGUGAGAGUAAAGUACACAAGAAGUAUAUCUAUACGACUGUUGACACAAUUUUAUGCUCUAGUUUCACCAAUAUUGAAAAAGCCUCGACAACUUGAGGUCUUACAAAAAGGCGGACUGAUUCAAACUGCGACCGCUUUUGUAUGCAAAGAUUACAAUCUGGCGAGUACAGUUUGUCAAGCGAUAUUGGCUAUCAUAGAUUCCUACGACCCGGGGUCUGUGACGACGGACACGAUACGCACGCUGUUUGGACACUUCCCGGCAGGGACGUCCGCUUACACCUUAGCGUUUUACGGUCAGGGUUCAAUCUCGAAAAAGUUUCAGAAGUAUGACUAUGGAUUGAAGAAAAAUUUGCAAUUGUAUGGUAGUGUUGUCCCCCCCUUGUACAACCUUAAAAAGUCGACGAUGCCUAUAGUUUUGAUUUAUGGAAAUAACGACUUUUUGGUGGACCCGCGGGAUGUUAGAUGGCUGUCCAAUCAGCUGCCCAACGUAUUGGAGAGGUACGAGGUGAGCCGCAGCACUUGGAAUCACUUGGACAACAACUACAGCCAAUUCUCGAAGCAACUGAUCUUUCCUAAAAUAAAUCAAUACUUGAGUAAAUACAGUAGUAGUGGGAACAUUUCAUGAACUAUUGGUUACUUCAGACUGUUUACACACUCGACCAAAUUUGUUAUUUGAUUAUAAAAUAUUUGUGCAUUUUAAUAUUUAUGACCAUUAAAAAUUUAAUUGUGA